AUGCCGGCACGGACUAGGCCAGUGGAGAAAUUUGCAAAGGCUACUGCCCAGUGCUCAACUGAGGCCGCGGUAUAUGGCAAGUGUAUCUUCGCAGAGUACAAUUCCGUCCACAAAGAUAUGUGUGCUAAGGAGUUUAUGAUAUUGAAGGAUUGUUAUCUAGCCGCAUCGAAGAAGGGUUAA